AUGUCAUCGUUGCUGACUUCAGAUGGAUUCAACCAUACAGCCCCUUCUUCAGGGCAGAGUCCUGAGGUUGGUAGCCCCACGAGUCUUGCUCGCUCUGUCUCUGCUUCAGUUUGCGCCAUCAAGCCCAGUGACCCCAAUAGCAUUGAACCUGUAGCUAUGGAGGCUGUGAAGGCUUUGGCUGAAUUCCAGACAAAUUCUCCGAAAACAGAUCCUCCUCCUCUGCAGGGCCUUCCUGAUCUCACUUCCCCAGCAGACCAGAAUCCAGCUAUGCCUUUGCAUAAUUCAUCCGAAGAAGCAUUUGUUGCAGAUAAUCCAGAGAAGUUUGCUAUUGGAGGAACCCAGGGCCUCAGAGUUUAUCUCCACACCAGACAGGACACUAGUUUAUCUCUCACAACCACUGGGGUGCAUGAGCCAAAGGGAUUUGUGGAAGAAAAGAGUUGGCAUCCAGAAAAUAAGAACCCAGGUCAAGUGAAUGGCCCUCAGCAGCCCAGAGAACCACACAGAGGGAGCGGUCAGCAGAGUGCCCCACAUGACCAACAAUGUCCUUGUGACACAAAAGACCUUGAACUUCAUGAAGAAAAUCAACAGGACCAAGAAAACAUUGUCAGUUUGGAAGCUGCGGUGAAAGGAGAUAAACUACAGACAAAUGCUCAUCUUUCAGAUACAGAGAAAAGUCUUGUAGCUUCAGGGCGCCAUAGCUGCUCAUGCCCAGAAACCCUGAUGGACGUGGAUACAAUUGAACGGUCUCUGACUGCCUUGUGCAGCUCCAUGGGCAGCCAGGAUGCCAGCAUCAGGAGCCCUGGUGCACCGCAUCUUCCUUCAGAUAAUCCUGCGAUGGAAAUGGAAGCAGUACACUGCAGCCCCUCACCUGAAAGUAUGGAACAUUCCAUCUCAACUUGGGAUUUGCAGCCCCCAGAAGAUAAUGCUGAAGUGUCUGUAAUGGAUAGCAAAGAUAGCAGCGCCUCCUCUUCCCCUCUGAGUCACCACGGUCAGCCCUCUGUGGAGGCAGCUGAAGAAUUUUGUUCAUCUGUCACAGUGGCCUUGAAAGAGCUGCAUCAUCUUUUGGUCAUUAGCUGUAAGUCAGCUUCGGAAAGUGCACCUGAAGAUGCUACCUGUCGGUCAGAGAUGCAAGCUGAGAGCCAAACAGGUACUUUGGACAUUUCCAGAAGGGGGGCCCAGAGUGAGAAUUCGACCCCUAGUGACCAGUAUCCACAAGUCUCCUGUCACCAGGCCACCUCUGAAUCAGAGAAGACAGAAAUCAUAGGCACCACACCUUGUCUUGGGAUAGAACAUGAAGCGUACACUAGCUUCAGGGGUCUGGGUGAUGGCUUGUCCAAUGGCAAAGAAGGUGUCCCCAGACCAAGGGAGUCAGUCAGGGAGAGCGGUUCUGUCGCCAUAACCUCAGCUAAUCCAUCUGUUCAGCCACAUUGCACCUCAGGUGUGGAAAUUUCACCCACAUUUGCAGCAGGUGAGGAGAGUACCUGCAGUCAGCCUUCUGAACACAUGCAGAAUCCAGGCACAGACGUGCCGGAGACUAGCAGUGUUUGCCCUGGAGCUGCGCCACCCUCCCGUGGAUUGGACCCACCUGCCACACAGCCCUCAUCUUCUCCCUCCGCUCUUCCACCCUUCAUCUUUCCCACUGCAGAUGUUAACCGGAUUCUUGGUGCCGGCUUCACUCUGCAGGAAGCCCUUGGGGCUUUGCAUCGAGUUGGUGGGAAUGCAGACCUCGCACUUCUUGUUUUGCUAGCAAAGAACAUUGUAGUUCCUACGUAACUGUGGGGAAGCUCUCUCCACACAGACACACUCACCACAUAUAUACACCGUAUAUGUAGAAACCAACCUGCAAGCAAAAUGUUGAGCCAGAUUUUUUUUUCCCCCGGCCAAAGUAAUUUAUGAUCUUUUGUCUGAUGAAUUUGUCUAUUUUACUUGUUUAAAAUUUGGGCCUUUUAAAAUGUAUUGGCAGUAUGUGCAUACAAAAGCUUUUUAUUCUCAUUAAGAUGAUGUAUUCUGUAAUAAAAUAGAUGGUUUUGUGUAUAGCAUA